AUGAAAAGGGGUUUAGGAGACACCCCAAGUCGCAGCACAGCAGGGUGUCUGCCUGUACCACUGUUCAACCAGAAGAGGAGGACCAGGCAGCCUCUCACUUCAGAUCCACUCAGAAAUGAGCCCAGUACCAGUUCUGGGUCUCACAACUUUUCUCUCACAUCAUUUGGCUGGGGAACUGCAAACCCAGAAGGGGCAGAACUGCAGAAAGCAACAAGCACUGGGUAUACUGUCACUACUAAAGGCUGGAACAGAAAUCAAUACACUCCUUUCAGUAUCACAACAGAUUCAAGAUCUGGUAGUGGAAUUGUUCAAAAGUUUGAGAAUGUUUCAAAUAGUCUGAAGAUUGUCCAGCAGCAAAAAGCUCCUAAUAACCGUAACUCAGCUCAGGCAGAGCCCAGCCAGGCACACACAUCCAGAGGACAGUGGCCAGGGAAACCCAGCACUGUGGCAAGAAAUCUGCAGGAUCAGGGUCCAGCAUAUAAAUUCAACUACAACAGGCAGAGAAGUAAAAUGAAUGAAAAGCAAUUUGAUUGUGUUCGAGAAGAGAAAAGUCAGGAAGUUUCCUUACCUCAGAUAAAAAUUAAAGAGAAGAAUUCCCUGAGAAUCCUCUCUGCUGUCAUUCAAAGUGUGAGGCACUGGAGUCAAUAUACUUAUAGAACUCCUCUGUUAUUUGAAGUUUUAGGCACAUUGGAUUCUGCAGUCACACCUGGAGCUUAUGGGGCAAAGAACUUUCUUCUGAGAGAUGGAAAGGAGACCCUGCCUUGUGUGUUCUAUGAAAUUGACCGUGAGCUCCCAAGACUCAUCAGAGGUCGAGUGCACAGGUGCAUGGGGAACUAUGACUCCAAGAGGAACAUUUUCAAAUGUGUCUCUGUCAGACCAGCAACUGCUCAGGAGCAGAACACUUUCCAGGACUUUGUUAGAAUUGCAGAUGUGGAGAUGACAACGUAUGUAAAGACAAUGAAUGAAAUGUGA